CAACCACCAAACCACCGAUGCCAAAAUCUAAGUUCACCACCACCACCCUAACCCUCUUCCUCACAACCCUCACCAACCUCGGCGCCAUGGCCGCUCCCGCCCCCGCCGCCGAGCCCCUCGGUCUCUCGGCCACUGCCGCUGGUGGUAACGAGAAACUCGAAGAGCGGGCCGGCAAGUGGCCCUCAGUUCUGCACUUGCAGCAGCGGCAAGUGUUAUUGCCAGUAUUCCUUGCUAUGGACCUACUUGUAAUCAGUGGGUUGAUGGGACUUGCUAGAGUAUUCUAGGAAGAUAGUCAGGUGAGUUAGUUACAC